AUGACAGAACCUACUAUGGGUUGUUCUGCUAGUGAUCUUCGAGAUUAUCUCACACGCAAGCGCAAUAUAAAUCAGAUGCAAUCUCAUUGCUGCUGUGAGAAGCUUAUUUCUGUUGUAUUUUCGCAAUGCCCCUGUAGGGAGUCAGCACAUAAAUCUUCAGUCUUCAAACGGUUGAUUGAGCCGUCGACGAUCUCGUCAUCAAGAAGAAGGCACUUUCGUCCUAAAAAGCAAGCAUCCAAGAAUUGCCACACUGAAGUGACGAUCAACAUGGUCAGCAAGGGCAAGAGCAAAGCCUCGGCUGAUUCCUCUGAAUCUUCUGAUCUCAAAUACUCUUCAGGGUUAGAUGAGGCUGAGGAAGAACCUAAAAACUUAGCCAUUGCCACCUCUCAGCCUUCCAACACCGAUCAAACUGAACAAGCAAGUUCUCACAUGGCUGGAAGUGAGGAAGACCUAGCGCGACAGAUGGAAGAGCAACAAUCAACCAUCCGUCAACAACAGGAGUCUAUCAGACGCUUGGAAGCAAUGGUAGAGAAACUCCUCGGGGAGAAAGCGAAGGAGAAAAAGAAGAAGAAAGUUCAUCCCCAAGCCUCGGGAUCAAGACUUAGGCGGCCUUCACAUACCGAAGGAGAAAACAGUCGUCGACAUCAAGAGGGCAAUAAUGAAGACGAUGAAGAGGAAAAAGUUGUGAGUGUUCAUUCUGAAUCGUCUGAAGCUGAGUCCAAUCCUCGUACGAAAGGAGAUCAGGUAGAGAACAUGCUCAAGAGGAUGAAUGUUGUAGAGCCUCAAGAAUCCCAGCAUAAGAAGGGAGGAGGUAAAGACAACUAUAACUCCCAAAAGCAAUCGAAAGGGAAUGAUACUCUAGCUGUCGAGAGAGCCCCAUCCCCAAAAUCUUCUGCAAAACAAAAAGAAAGUACUUCCGACAAUCAUUUUUAG